UUGAAGAAAUCAAUCAUGCUGUCGAAUCAUUUACAGAACGGGAUCGAGGCGCCGAAGCUGGCCUGGUCCCGCCUUCCGCACUCGGAGGAAGCCGCCGAGCCCGACGCCGUCGGUCUCAUGAAGAAGAGCGACGAUGUCGGCGUCGAGAGCCUUGACUACGAAGUUAUUGAAAAUUACGCAUACUGGGAGGAGCAGGCGCAGAGAGGGAAGCUCUAUGUUGGUUAUCAUGUGAUGGUGAAGUGGUUCUUUGCUUUGCUCAUCGGUAUCGGCACUGGAUUAGCUGCGGUUUUCAUCAAUAUUGCAGUCGAGAACUUUGCAGGCUGGAAGUUUGCAUUGACAUUUGCAAUAAUCCAAAAAUCAUAUGUGGCUGGUUUUGUAGUAUACAUAUUCAUCAACUUAGUUUUGGUUUUUUCGUCUGUAUAUAUCGUUACACAAUUUGCACCCGCAGCAGCUGGGUCUGGUAUUCCCGAAAUCAAGGGAUAUUUGAAUGGGGUUGAUAUACACGGUGUACUUCUUUUCAGAACCUUGAUUGGAAAGAUCUUUGGGAGCAUUGGCUCCGUGGGAGGUGGUCUAGCUUUAGGCAAAGAGGGCCCUCUUGUUCAUACUGGUGCUUGUAUUGCUUCUUUGCUUGGACAAGGUGGAUCUACGAAAUACCAUCUAAGCUCUAGGUGGCUACAGAUAUUUAAUAGCGAUCGGGAUCGUAGGGAUCUGGUAACCUGUGGGUGUGCAGCUGGAGUGUCUGCUGCUUUUCGAGCUCCUGUUGGUGGUGUUCUAUUUGCACUGGAAGAAGUUACAUCUUGGUGGAAGAGUCAACUUAUGUGGCGUGUAUUUUUUACUUCUGCUAUUGUGGCUGUUGUGGUGCGUACUGCAAUGGGAUGGUGUAAGAGUGGAAAGUGUGGACAUUUUGGCUCAGGUGGCUUCAUAAUAUGGGACUUAUCAGAUGGUCAAGAGGACUACUCUUUUGAGGAGUUCUUGCCGAUGGCGGUUAUUGGGGUCAUUGGAGGAUUACUGGGAGCCUUAUUUAACCAGCUUACGUUUUAUAUUGCAUACUGGCGUCGAAAUUAUUUGCACAAGAAUGGGAAUCGAGUCAAGAUAAUUGAAGCGUGCCUCAUCUCGCUGAUAACAUCAAUUAUUUCCUUUGGUCUACCACUUUUAAGAAAAUGCAGUCCAUGCCCUGAAGCAGAUCUAGAUUCUGGUAUUGAAUGCCCAAGGCCUCCAGGAACGUAUGGGAAUUAUGUAAAUUUUUAUUGCAGUAAGAACAAGGAAUACAAUGAUCUCGCAACUAUUUUCUUCAAUACUCAGGAUGAUGCAAUUAGGAAUUUGUUUAGUGCAAAAACAAUUCAUGAGUAUAGUGCCCAAAGUUUGUUGACCUUCUUGGUGAUGUUUUAUUCAUUAGCAGUUGUGACAUUUGGUACUGCCGUUCCAGCUGGUCAAUUUGUUCCUGGGAUCAUGAUAGGAUCUACAUAUGGGCGUCUUGUGGGCAAGUUUGUGGUUAGCUUUUACAAGAAGCUCAACAUUGAAGAGGGAACAUAUGCUCUACUGGGAGCAGCUUCUUUUCUUGGAGGUUCAAUGCGGAUGACAGUGUCUCUGUGCGUUAUUAUGGUUGAAAUCACAAAUAAUUUGAAAUUAUUGCCUCUUAUCAUGCUUGUUCUUCUUAUUUCGAAGGCUGUUGGUGAUGCUUUCAAUGAAGGCCUGUACGAAGAACAGGCGCGAUUAAAGAGCAUUCCAUUACUGGAAUCAAGACCCAAGUACCAAAUGAGGAAGAUGACUGCAAAAGAGGCCUCUGGAAAAAGGGUGAUUUCCUUCCCUCGUGUUGUUAAGGUUGCAGAUGUGGUUUCUAUUUUGCAGAGCAACAAUCAUAAUGGCUUCCCUGUGAUUGAUCAUGCAAGAAAUGGGGAAACACUUGUAAUUGGACUAAUGCUUCGUAGUCACUUGUUGGUACUUCUGCAGUCGAAGGUGGAUUUCCAACAUAGUCCUUUACCUUGUGAUCCAAGAGGAUCCAGGUCUAUCAGGCACACCAUCAGUGAAUUUGUGAAACCUGCUUCCAGUAAAGGCUUAUCUAUGAAUGAUAUACAUCUCAGUUCAGAUGACAUGGAAAUGUACAUAGAUCUUGCCCCAUUUUUAAACCCAUCUCCUUACAUUGUCCCUGAGGAUAUGUCUUUGACAAAGGUAUAUAAUCUUUUCCGACAACUAGGUCUGAGGCAUAUAUUUGUUGUUCCUCGUCCAUCUCGUGUGAUUGGCUUGAUUACCAGGAAGGAUUUAUUGCUUGAGGAGAAUGAGGAUCCAGCUUCGGUGGAGCUCCAAUCGACUAGUGUAAGAACUCAGUAUCGAGAUAGAAGAAAGGUUGGAAGGAAUGGAGAUAUGGAGCGCCCGCUUCUCACUAGUCUUCUGGUCUAACAUCAUGUGUCCGGCUGAUAAUAAGGUCUGAUCAUCCUUGAGGACUUAAUUCUUUAGAGCUUCCUCCAUUCUUUGAACCUAAAAUCUUAUUCUUUCUCUGUAAGUUUACCUUAGGAUCUAGGACUUUAGAAUCCAUCAAUAUGCUUCCCCUCGCACCGAGGGUAAACGGAUCACACUCACCUGAAUUUUGCAGCAUGUAUAUCUGGAUGAUAAUAUACGGCAGAUUAAUGCAGACAUAGAGGUUAAGUCUGGGACGCUGAAUAAAUGACGGGUUACACAGGAAUUUGCAGGAAUGGGAAGGAUGUGACCCAAUGUACUUGUACUGAUUUUAGUGUUGUCGAGAAAAUGGUUUAGUGAGAAAUUAAUCAACAUUAGUUUUGAUACAGAUGAUGUUUACUGAAAGGAAUUUCUGAGCUCUUACA